AUGGCAUUCACACAACAUGUUGUCAUUAUCGGAGCUGGCAUCGUAGGGACUAACCUUGCGGAUGAGCUGGUAUCGCGAGGAUGGAAAAACAUCACCGUUGUCGAGCAAGGUCCACUGCACAUGCCUGGCGGAUCGACAUCGCACGCCCCAGGCCUCGUCUUUCAGGUAAAUGCGUCCAAAACAAUGACCCAACUAGCGCGCUACACAGUCGAAAAGUUCAAGUCACUGGAAAAGGACGGUCAGAAUUGUUUUAACCAAUUAGGCGGCCUUGAAGUGGCAACAACACCGGAACGCUUAGAGGAGCUGAAACGGAAGCACGGUUAUGCAUCUUCGUGGGGAAUCGAGGCUCGGCUUAUUACUGCUGAAGAAUGUUUCGAAAAAUAUCCACUCUUGAACAAAGAGCUCGUUCUCGGCGGGUUGCAUAUACCUAAUGAUGGCCUUGCACUCGCAGCACGCGCAACACAGUUGCUUAUUGAACGCACCAGUAAGGCUGGUGUUCGGUAUUUGGGGUUGACACCUGUCACUGGCAUCGAGCAAGGGGACCGAGGUGUGACUGGCGUGAUAACAGCUAACGGAAUGAUACCCGCCGAUAUUGUUAUUUCCUGCGCUGGCUUCUGGGGUGUUGAGGUGGGAGCAAUGAUAGGCCUGACGAUUCCCUUGGUUCCUCUCGCUCAUCAAUAUGCGAAAACAACUUCGGUUCCUGCUCUCGCUGGCCGAAGUGUGAAUUCUCUGCAAAACGGCAUGAAUGCAAGCAUGCCAAUUCUAAGACAUCAAGACCAAGAUCUAUAUUACCGAGAACACGGUGAUCAGUACGGGAUCGGAUACUACGGCCAUCGUCCGAUGCCAGUUAAUGCUGCCUCACUAGGCGUUACAUCAAAAGAUGUCGACGAGAAGAACAUGCCUUCGCGUCUGGAUUUCACGUGGGAGGAUUUUGAACCGGCGUGGGAAGAGACUAAAAGGCUCUUACCGGUUCUACAAGACUGUGAAAUAUCGGACGGAUUUAAUGGCGUCUUCUCAUUUACGCCAGAUGGUGGGCCGAUUGUAGGACAAGCUCCUCACUUGAAUGGCUUCUAUGUGGCUGAGGCCGUAUGGGUUACACACUCUGCCGGCGUUGCACGAGCUGUCGCCGAAGUGCUCACUACAGGAUCAUCGCAGAUUGAUAUUACGGAAUGUGAUUUAUCCCGAUUUGAAGAAGUCCAACUUACUCAAACGUAUAUCAGUGAGACCUCUCAACAGAACUUCGUUGAAGUUUACGACAUUAUACACCCGCUCCAGCCAAAAGAGUCCCCACGGAACCUCCGCACCAGUCCAUUCUACGCCCGACAACGUGAACUAGGAGCGUACUUCCUUGAAGUUGGCGGCUGGGAAAUCCCGUAUUGGUAUGAAUCCAAUGCAGAGCUGGUUAAAUACCUUCCAGCCGCGUGGCAGCCCGUCAAGCGAGAUACAUGGGCAGCGCGAUACUACUCUCCAAUCGCUGCUGCCGAGGCAUGGAAGAUGCGGAAUGCGGUGGCCAUGUACGAUAUGGCAUCAUUCCACAGGUUCCAAGUAACUGGCCCAGGGGCUGUUCAACUUCUGCAACGAUUAUGCACGAGUGACGUUACUGCAAAGCCAGGGAGCAUAAUCUAUACCCUGCUCUUGAAUAAUAACGGUGGAAUCCGCAGCGAUAUUUUUGUUGCAAGAUUAGCUGAUAGCUUGUUCCAAAUCGGGGCAAACUCGACUACUGAUUUGGCAUAUCUCACAAGUGAAGCUGCUCGCCAAUCACAACAAAACCCAAGCCAAUGGGUGCAGGCCCGCGAUAUCACGGGAAGCACAUGUUGUAUCGGUCUCUGGGGUCCUCGUUCGCGGGAUGUCAUCAAUGAAGUCAGCGCAGACGACUUUUCGAACAAAGGGCUUCCUUAUUUCAGUGUCAAAAGAGUGACUAUAGCCGGAGUUCCAGUUACGGCAAUGCGUAAAUCCUAUAUUGGGGAGUUAGGAUGGGAGCUUCAUGCUAGUGCCGAGUAUGGCCAACAUUUAUGGGCCGCUUUAUGGAAAGCGGGACACCCUCAUGGACUUAUUGCAGCUGGCCGCAGCGCCUUUAAUUCCCUGCGACUAGAGAAGGGUUAUAGGAUUUGGGGCACAGAUAUCAGAACCGAACAUGAUCCAUAUGAAGCUGGAGUGGGCUCCGCCAUCACUGCAGACAAAAAGGAAGAUUACGUUGGAAAGGCAGCGCUUCAGCGCCGAUACCAAGACGCCGUGCCUUCUCCUUCUCGGCGAUUGCGUUGUCUGACAGUUGAGGACCGCCGGUCGGUUUUGUUGGGUAAGGAACCUAUAUUUCAUAAAAACAAAGCAGUCGGAUACGUCACAAGUGCUGGUUUUGGCUACACAAUUGGCAAACCUAUCGCUUAUGGCUGGCUACCGAGUGAUGUGCAACAAGGUGAAGCUGUCGAGAUCGAGUACUUUGGACGCAGGAUUAAGGCUAGGGUGACUGUUGAGCCUCUUUAUGACUCACAAAUGAGACGUCUGUACGACGAGGAUCCGGCUGUUCCGCCUGAAUUCCAGCAUCGCUUGAAUGCACGAUUGUAA